AUGUCAGCAACGGUGAUUAGUCACCCACCUUUCGAUCAAAAUGAUCGCAAAUACACGUGCCUAUGCUAUCAACUGCAUAUUCGCACCGGAUCCCGAGUUGUAGCCGUGCUCCUAAACGUAUUCACUGCUGUCAACAUACUCUUCAGCUUCACAAGAACAUCGACAGUAGCAAUGUAUACACUAAUGACCUCAGCUUUUGCUGUUGUAGUCUUUGGUAGUCUACUAUAUGGAGUUUAUAAGGAGAAACGACUGUACCUCAUACCGUAUCUUAUAUUCCAGAUAAUCUCGAUUGGAAUUACCACUGUAGUUCUUGUGGCAUUUAUUAUUGCAAUAGCAUUGAAUUCCAAAGUGGUAUUUGAUCUUGCGGGAGACCUCGGCAACAUCGACAUCCACCUUCCUCAAAAACAGUUGGACGCUGCUCUAGCAACUUUCACUGUUCUGUUUAUCUUAGCUUUGUGCAUAAGUGGACUUCUUCAGGCCUACUUUUUUGAGGUGAUCUACUCAUUCUAUGGAUUUCUCCGCGAUCGUGAAUGUUCAUUCAAUUUCAAUUUUGAAGCUACACCCACUACUCAAAUACCAGAUACAGCGUUUGGCUUAGGAUGUGCUGUUCCGCCACCUUAUUAA